AUGCCGCCCCCCGGCCGGGCGCCGCCGCUCGGGCUCCUGCUGGCGCUGACUGCGCUCCGGUGCCCAGCUGCCGAGAGUCGAGGCCCCCCGGACAGCCCGCAGAGGUUCUCCUCUCUGCCCACGUACCUCCCCGCCAGCCUUCAGGUCUCCAGCGCAGAGGAGGCUUUCUUCCUGAAGGAGGCCAACCAGGACCUCAUGCGGAACUCCAGCCUGCAGGCCCGGGCCGAGUCGCUCUUCAUCUACCGAGCCUGGUCACCGCCUGUCAUCAACGCCAGCUACGGCCCCUUCUCGGUGGAGAAGAUGGUGCCCCAGGACCUCAUGCUGUCCCCCACCCCGUUUGGAAGCACAGAGAGGUUUCCCUUCAACUGGAAGCUGAAAUCUCACAUCCUAGCCACCUCCAUCUACUCCAACAGACCCAAGGUGCAGACUCUGUUUUACAUCGCCGGCGCGACCUGGGAUGACCACGAUGCUGGGGAUGACCUUCCCUGCGUCAAGAUGUUUGCCUUCCCAGAGGCCAGAGAAGUGGCGGCCAGUUGCCGGCUGCAGGGGACCCCCGGGCUGUGCGUGGCCGAGCUGGAGCUGCUGCCCGAGUGGUUCAGCUCGGGGCUGGACCUGGAGCCCGAGGAGGAGAUCCCGGCGCUGCUGGGGGGCACGGCCAUGGAGCUCUUCUUCAGCCUGUACCCGUCCGACGAGGCUGGCCAGUGUCCGCUGCAGGAGGAGGGCAGGUGGGAGAACAAUGUCCACCUGGAGGACGGCCCCCUGCAGGGGCUCCCGGCCCGCGAGAGGAUCGGCAGCGUGGUGGUCUACCCCACUCAGGACGACCUGCGCUGGUCCCUGGUGAGCCUGGAUGAGAAUGUCGCUCUGUCCGUCCCUCUGAACCUCGUGCGGGAAGGAGACACAGCCACCUUCUUGGUGUCUCUGGCCAGUAGCUCUGUGGCAGAGCAGUUCACUCUUCGGAUGAAGGCAGCCGCUGGCGUGAGGAUCAUGGCGGUGAGGCUCAGCAAGGAGGACCAGUGGGCGGUGCAGGAGGAAAUAGAGCACAGCAGCACCCAGACCACGGCGGUCCUGGCCUGCGUGGGCCACCACGCUGCCACGCAGAGCAGAGGAGAAACUCGAGAAGGAAUAAAUGUGGAAGCAGGUGGAGCAGAGAAACUCAGAGCUGGAGGGAAGGACAGCCAGAGGAGAGGCCACCCGACAUGUCCGGGAGCGGCGUCCCGUGACGCCGUCGGCCUCAGCGAUGCCCAGGGGCCGGUGGGAGGAGGCGAGAGAGGCCGCGUCAACCCUUGCCAGGUGAAGUUCAGGCGCUGGAAGGGAGCCUUCCGGCAUGUUCCUCCGCUCAUUCUCAUCCAGAAAGCCGGGCUGCCUCGGUCACCGUCCGUUACCGAGGACGGCCGGCACCUCCCAUCCGGUGGCCGGCCCGAGCAGUGCCAUCCCACGGUGACGGGAGGCAGGCUGAUGAUCCACUGCCUUCACUCCAUGGGCCUCGUGCUGGCUGUGAGGGAGGAGGCCACUGCACCAGCAGAUGCCCGUGGCAUGGUCCAGGCAGACGGCAGUGGAAUCGUGCCCCGUGUGUGCCUGACACUGCGGCUCUGCCUCCUGCUGGGCGGCGGGGCUGUCGUCAGCCUAUCUCUUCCUGAGGUUGGUAGCGGGGAGGCUGGUGCAGCUGGGGUGAACCUGCCGUGGUCCUCCCCACCCCCGGCAUGGAAGCCCGUGGCCUCCUUCCCCUCGGUGCACGCGGGCACUCACCCCCAGCAGCUCCGAAUCCAGAAAGAGGUCAAACCCUCGCUUCCCUCGGCGGCUUCUGGGGACAGGGCUGAGACCCCUGGUGGUUUGUCAGCAGGGCCCUCGAGGCCCACCAGGGGUCAGGGCUCCACUCCCCAUGGGCAGCGCUCUGGCCACGCCUCCCGGCCGGCCGGCGAGACUCGCAGAUGA